GUGGUAUGUCUUGGGUGUCUUCCCUUCCACUCCCCUUUGUCUUUCCAAUAUUGGGUUCUUCAGUAGUAUAACCGAUGGAAGAGACUGGCUCUGGAAUCUCAUGGCUUAUCCCAGCUCUGCCACCUAGGCAUGGGACUCUAGGUGAAUGCCUUACCUCCCUGAGCACUGGGUGAUUUUGUUGGGGAUUUUUUGUUUUGUUUUCCCCUGCCAUUUAUGAAGUAAAAAUGAUAAUUUAGCACCUUCCUCAUAGGCACAAUUAUUAGGAGUAGGAGUAAAUGAAUGGAAAGCACCCAGCACACUGCCUGGCUCACAUAAGCACUCAGUAAAACCCCUCUGUCGGUGACCAUUUUAUAGGGUCUAUUUUUAGUGUGAUUACAGUCACACCUAAAAUUUUGGAAAAGGAGUUCCACAGUUUUGUUUUGGUUUUGUAUGUUUGUUUUAAUGAAAACCAUGGAGACCUUAAGAGAGGCUGGGAUUAACAGGUUAUUUACAUCCUGGGUUCAAAUACAGCAAGAUCAUCAAUGGCUUAACCAAAUGGAAGGUCUCCCCCCUUUCUUUCUCGUCCCCCGUCCCCCGAAAUUCUAAGCUUGCAGAAGGUAUCACUCUCUUGGUGCCUAGCGUAUCCUACUUUGUCCCUAGAGCGCAGCGAUGUUGUGAUCCCUUUCUGCAUCUCUAGUGCAUCUGUGCCAAAUAAAUGAUUGAUGGGGUUUUCUUUUAAAAAGCUAAGCUUGCCCCGUAGAGUCUGUAGGGUCUCAAGCCCCAUCUGUCUCAAGCUCUGCCAUACUCAGUGGUGACCCCCCCCCCCGGGUCAGAGAUGUCUACCAUCGGUUCACAUUGCAGCCAGAGGGAAGGACAGGCAUCCCUGUAGUGGACUCAUUUAGCUACAGAGGGUGUUGGAGAAAGGUGGAGAACAUGACCUGAGCGGGUCAGCCUCAUGUCCAGUUAGGAACCAUCAGCCGCGUGUCCAGUUAGGAACCACCAGCCGCGCCCCUGAAGUCUUCCGGCCACCUGACUGGCUGCUCCAUCGCUCCUUCCUGCCCACGCCCCGCCCUUUCCGCUGCCCCCACUGGAGUGGAUCGCUAGUGGGAAGAACAUCCGGCCGAGCGCUGACGUGGGGUUCAGAGCAGCGGAAGUAGUCCAUUUUACGGGGCCGUAAAGCGCGGCCGGCUGACCCGUCUUCCGGUUAGCGACAACGGCCGCGACCGUCCGCACCGGCCUUCCUGGAGCACGGAGAUCAUCGGACACUGGCCGCAUCUCAUUUUUUCUCGCUGCUGCCCACCCCAGUCGGCACCACUUCCUUCGCCUUGGAUCAUGUUCAAGAAAUUUGACGAAAAGGAAAAUGUAUCCAACUGCAUCCAGUUGAAAACUUCAGUUAUUAAGGGCAUCAAGAACCAACUGAUAGAGCAAUUUCCAGGUAUCGAACCAUGGCUUAAUCAAAUCAUGCCGAAGAAAGAUCCCGUCAAAAUAGUCCGAUGCCAUGAGCAUAUGGAAAUCCUUACGGUAAAUGGAGAGUUACUAUUUUUUAGGCAAAGAAAAGGGCCUUUUUACCCAACCUUAAGAUUACUUCACAAAUACCCUUUCAUCCUGCCACACCAGCAGGUUGAUAAAGGAGCCAUCAAAUUUGUGCUCAGUGGCGCAAAUAUCAUGUGCCCGGGUUUAACUUCUUCUGGCGCAAAGCUUUAUCCCGCCGCGGAAGAUACGAUUGUUGCGGUCAUGGCAGAAGGAAAACAGCACGCUCUGUGCGUUGGAGUCAUGAAGAUGUCUGCAGAAGAUAUCGAGAAAGUCAACAAAGGAAUCGGCAUUGAAAAUAUCCAUUAUUUAAAUGAUGGCCUGUGGCACAUGAAGACAUAUAAAUGAGCCUUAGAAGAAAUCCACUUGUGCUAAAUAUGGAUAUUGUGUCGUAUUUGUGUUUUGUGUCUGUGUGUGACAGCAUGGUGACGAUGCCUCUGUGGUUAUGCUGAAUAAAUUCAACAGAUGCCUCAAAAACAAAAAAAACUAGGGUGCUCUUACCACAGAGGAGAAAACAAAUUGGGGGACAAGCAGCAA